UGCCAUUGCACCGCCAUGAAGCGUCGCACAAGAGGCAAAUAUCUCAGCGGCACGUGUCCCAACGUUGACUGCAAUGAGCCAAUCGUCUUCCCAAAGUCGGAAGCAAGCGUCGAAUGCCCCCAUUGCGGCCAGAGAUACGACCGCCGGUCAUUCACGGAUUUACGCGAAGACGUUGGAGUCUCAAUGAACGCGUUGAGAACGCUCACGUCGCUUCUCUACGGGCGCAUGCUCACGGAGACGCGCGCUGUGCGUAAGGCGUAUGAGAUGCAGAAGGUGAAUGGAGUAGCGGGGUAUGAGUGUAAGUUGCUGUCGCCGCUCUUGACGUCGAAUGGCAUGGACAAGGCGGGUGUGGCUGUGCCGCUCGCGCAGCUCAAUCAGAAGGAUGUGUUUGAUUGUGCUGCGUUGUGUGACAGGACUUUCAUGAUAGAAGAGGAUCUACUCGACAAGGUCGGAUACGGUUGUGACGUCUCGGGUGCCGCAUCAUACCUCAAGGGCAUUCUGGGUGCCAUCAAGGAAGCAAACGAUGGCGAGGACCGACUCGUACCCAUCCACGUCGAUGGUGACGGCCACUGCCUUGUUCACGCCGUCUCCCGUUGCCUCGUUGGCCGGGAACUCUUCUGGCACGCACUGCGAACGAACAUGCGCGAUCAUCUAGUCUCGAACCUCGACCGUUACCAGGCAGCUCUACAAGACUUCGGCGUCGGAAUUGAUUGGGAGGAGAUCAUAGCCGAAGCGGACGCCGACUACCGGCCGGCACACGGCGAAGCCCAUGGCCUCGGCAACAUUCACAUCUUUGCGUUGGCCAACGUUCUUCGUCGCCCGAUUAUUCUCUUAGACGGCGCCGAAGGAAUGCAGUCGUCAGGUGACUACUCGGCGACAUUCCUACCCUCGCUUUACAAGCCGGACGACUGCCAAGGAAAGAAGGGUGGAGAGUUGAAUAGCCCGAUUGUUAUCGCGUGGAGCAGUCUAGGUAGGAAUCAUUUCAUACCGAUUGUUGCUGUGAAAUCGCGAGCUCCCGCUUUCCUUCCAAAGUUGCUACUGCCUGACGUGUGGGGAGGCUUCGAUCAGCAGUUAUUGAGCGAGUACGUGACGUUUGACAACGAGGGCCGAUGUGCGAUCGGAGGGGGGAAAGCGUUGAGCGACUCGUAUCUACAGAAGUUGAUCCAUGCGAUGAAGAGCCUCUUUACGGCGACAAACGGCGUGUCGUCUGUGAUCGUUAGUGAUGUUCAAGAGCAGGUUUUGAAAAAGAGGGGCGUGGCACACUUACAACUUGAUGACGUCAUUCAGAUUACGAAGUCUGCUGUUGACGAGAAACGGUUGUUUCGAUGCAUCGACUGUAGUUCUCUCACCGAGAUCAGCGAUUGUGUGGACGAGAUGCUUCUUCCCGGCGGCGAACUGUAUGAGAUCGCGAGGGAUCGUUUCGGCGAGUUGGACCACAACAUGGAGUUGUCGUUCCCGAUGCAUCACGUCGCGGCUCGAUACGACAAACCGAAGGACCGACUGUUGGUCACGAAGCAGGACGCGUGUUGCUCGUUGUGUUCCUCCGAGGAGCUUCGAGUCGUGGCUCCAGACGGAACGACGCGAUACAAGAACGGAGAUCGGACAACAACACGACUCGAGAGCACCGGACGUAAUCCGACUCAAUGUUCGUGUGGGUUUAAACACUUCUGGAACGGCAACGAGUACGAUUACUAUCCGAGUGUUCUCCCUAUCAAGAUGGAGUGGCAGGGAGAGACGAAGGACGUAUCAGUCUAUUGGUUUGACGGCGAGCUUGAUCCGAAACUGAACUCCAAUGCAUACCAACUUGCAUCCGAUCUCGUGAACGAGCACUUUCCGGGCGAGUUCGGUAGCGAGCGGCUUGUUCAGCAGGUCGUUGAUAUGAUACUCAAGCUGACGAAGAAGAAGGCGGUUGCUCAAGCGAAUCACGAGAAGUACGAACCGGAGAGGAAACCGGAAGGCAAACAUACGGCAACGACAUCUCGUCCGGUUUCGCCUCCUCCGACGUCGUCCGCAUCGAAGAUCAUAUUAACCGGAGAGAAGCACAAAACGAUACACAAAGAGGAGCUGACGAGGAGCCAGAAGGAACGCGAAGUGAAGCAGAGAAUUGAGAGAAACGCGGUGAUAAUGCAGAGCGCACGAUCGGGACCGUCAGCGAAGACGUCGCCAUCGAAGACGACCUCGACGGCAUCGAGUGUGUCAAGCGUGUCGCAGCCGGCGGUGAAACAACCGAAAGAAACGACACGUACGAAGACCGUCAGUCAAGAGAAGAAACUACGGAUCAGCUCAUCGGAUGGACGGACAGUUGAAAUGACGUUUCCCUCGUCUGUCACCUUCAAGCAACUGAUCGCCGCAAUCCGACAGCAACUCGAUGUCCCGACUGGAAAACUCAAGAUUCGUUACGGAUUCCCACCCAAAGAGCUACAAUUCGAUGAUAAACUUGAUGAUCCGCUACCACUACAACACGGCGAGAAACUGUCGGUGGAAAUACCGGAAGAACGUCAAGCGAAACAGAGGAAAACGAGUCGGGAAGGAGGAAUGGAGCCGCUCGCAUCGACAGCCAAGAAAACUCACCUCAUCGAUUCAGAAACAGCCGCCGCUGCGAAGAAACUAAAGAACGCGUUACUCAUACUGAUGAGUGAAAUGAUCCACGCGGGACACGACGUGUGGGGAAUGGUCGAGACGAUGCCGGAAGUUUUCGAGGAAGGAGGUCUGUUCUAUGACAAAGUACGAGCCGAUCUCCAAACGUUUGAUCACGGACUGCACUGCAGGUUGGUGGGAAUGAAAGGCAAGACGUUUGCUGUGAACUUGAGGACGCGGCCGCGGAGGUUGGAUUUGUGUCUUGGGACAAAACACAUUCGGAUCGGAUCGGGAGCGUCGACGGAAGAGAGUCAGUGCAGUGAGGACGGAGACGGGGAGAAGAUGGCGGGGACGUUGAGUGGAGUCGUGAGGAGGAGGAGGGAGGCUGGAGAGGACCGGGAAGUGUUCUCAGGGGUUGGGCACUCGUUGAAGGAAUCAGAUGACGAGACUCAUAGUCGUUUAAAGGAUGAAAGAGACAUUAGAGCUCAACUUGUCAAGAUUAUUGUCAUCGAGACAAGCAAGUUAAACAAGGAGAUACAAGAACUCAGAGAACGAGAAGAAGAUCUUGACGAACGAAUAGAGAGACUGGAACAAGAUCAAGAGGACGAUAGUGACGACGGUCCAACCGAUAACGAUCAUAUAUUUCGCUUGAAGUCCGAGAGAUAUGACAUACAAGCACAACUGAAAUUAAAGAGGCAAAAGGUGAAGGACCUUCAAUCGCAGCAGUCGAGACUCACGCAUGAAGUCGGAAGUCAAGACAGUCAAGAUAGCAGCACAUAACAGAGAGAAAGAGAGAAUCCUGUCGUGUAGGAAUUCAUACGAAAAGUAUAUUUGAUAAUUUGGCUGUAAGUAGGACGUGUGUGUACGUGUGUUUGUCCUGUUGGAUGUGUUGUGUGUCGCUGCUUCUGUACAGCUAAUUGCGGUAGUUGGAUUUUUAUACGCGAUCAUGUGUGAGAGUUUUGUUAAGCAGGGAUCCUCUGCUUGGCAUGCGUUUGGCAUGCGGAAAUAGAUUUACUUGUUGUGUU